CAUCGUUGCACGCGCCCGGAGACAAAAGCAGCGGGCCUCCUCGAAGCCACGGUGCUCCAACCGAGAAAUGCUCGGCCGAUGUUGUUCGACACGCUAUGCCGCUAUGGGAUCCGCAAACCUUUUGAAAUUGAACGCUGCGUGUACGAGUACCCCGAUCGGCGGCUAAUCAUUGCUCGUCGUCGUCGCGGCUGGCUGACCCGACAGAGAAAAGAAACAUGGACCAUGACUUUUCUUGAGACGUGGCUCUGUCUUCUGACCAGCGUGUUGCGCUGUUCUGGCCAAGAAUCCGGGGGAGAUCAUAGUCACGAGGUGCAUCGGUUCGUGGUUUCUGUUGGACAGCCUCUGAUCUUCGACGAAGCUCGCACCUCCUGCCGUCCUGACAAGUACCUGCUGAAUCUACAAGCAGCCGUGAAUGUGUCCCAUGUGCCAGCGAUGCUACAGCGGCAUGGCCUUGGUUCGGCAUACGUAUGGCUGAAUAUGCGGAGAGUGCAGGGGUUCUUCCACUGGCUAGACCCUAUUCCUCAACUGUUCAGACAACACCCUUCCUGGCCAUAUGGGAACAAGAUCGCAUCUGACAGCUUUCACUACGAGUGCGCCGUGCUCAACACUUCUAUCGGCCUUAUUGAAACGAGACCAUGUGAAGACAAACACCAGUUCGUCUGCAUUCGGGACAACGAGCUACGGCCAGUAGAUGUGUCAGAAAGAGAGCUGAGCGUGGAGCUGACUUCUAGCCAGCCACCAAUUCUACUGAGCAGAAGCCUAGCCGACUUCCGGCUCACCUGCCGGGCCAAGUUGCGUAACGGUACAAUGCUGAAAGAGCCAGGCAACCACGGAUAUGCUCACGUGUGGACCAAGAAUGGCAUCUUCCUCGACACCACCAACUCAUUUCUACAGCCCGAGACAGUUAGUGAGCUUAAUGCGUACACGCACAUAGACCCGUCCAAGCAAGGUAGAUACCAAUGCGGUCUGAAGGCGCUACCAUCAGGCCACACUGUCUGGUCGCAUGUGAUCACCCUGGUUUUCGAAGACUUCGACACCUAUCGUUUAACUGGGCAUUUGCAUGCCAAUGUCGAUCCUGGACCUAUACAAUUUGCGGGCAGUAGCUUUGUUUUUUUUGCAAGAGCCAUAGACAAGGCUUUGAAUCGCCAGCAGCCUGAUGAGUUAGCCAAAUGGAGCUAUUCUGGACUAACAACAGAUUACAUGAACCACAUAAGCAUUAGCAUAUUUGUUUACUAUGAACGAGAAGAACUAGCAUGGCUUCUAGACGGCCAUACUAACAAGCACAACGUCUUCAAUGACAGCACCGCUCUUAAGGACUUGCUCGUAAUUAACAAUAUUACGGAUGUUUUGCACUGCAAGUUCCUGAAACAAGAAAGAUUUACUUUCGACUCUAAAGGUCACGUCGGAUUUGUAGAAUCUACCCCACCAUGCCUGACAGAUUCUAAUGAACUUGCUCCGCGGUCCUGCCAUAUUAAUUUUGAGUCGGUGCCGACGUGGGGUGCAUUCGACGAGACCACAUGCAAGGCGGGGACACAAUCUAGAGUGUUUGACGUGACGACAAAUACACAUCACCUGCUGUGCAGUCCGCACUACUGUGUGCCAAAGGUUGUGAGUGGCACUUGGUCGGAGGUCCGGGAGAUGUGCACCAACACGGGUGGCUACCUCACCAGUAAUGGAAGUGGAAGCUGGACUGACAUCGUAAAGAAGCACGGAAUUUUUCAGUCGGAUAGCGCUGGUCAUCCUGAGGUUCUUAAAACAUUACAAUGGUCCAGGUUCCGGCUACCAAUUGUCCUGCCUGUGGGCUCGGCAGAACUUUGCUUCACCGUCAGCUCACUCCAAUCCCAGAAUCAAUCAGCGGCUGAUCAUUCAACCUUAACGACAAUCGGUAUCGCGGGUGCCUCGUGCAAUGAUACACGGAAGGGAGAGUGUGCGUAUAGGCAUCGCUCUUUUAUACGUGAUCUUUAUCCUUGUCCAAGAGGAGGAUGGCUGGACUUCUCGAGAAAGAACACGUGUUUGUGGCUGAACUUGUCGCCAUUGAAUUACAAGCGAGCUGCUGAGAGCUGUCGUGCCAGUAAGGGGCGCCUUGCUGUGAUCAAUAACUCUUCAUUGUCGUACACUCUCGCAUUACUGCUCGCUCCAAACAAUGUUCAACGCCAGUUUGACCGCUUCUGGAUUGGACUUCAGAGGUCGACGAGCGGUAUCUACAAGUGGGAGACCGGUGAGCUGUUGCACGACUUCGCCUGGCACCCCCGGACGGACUACAGGCACAGCGCAGGCACACUCUUCGUCGAUCGAUAUUUCCUCCAAAGGGGUCUCUCGAUGCGAUUUUCUCUCGAAGAUCCCAGUCGAAAGCUUCCUUUUAUAUGCCAAGCUCCCCUGAGAACAGGUACACCAUGGCUGCGUGUUGAGCGCCGAGACAGGGGCCAGCGUGUAGUGCUCACGUGCCGCGUCUCAGCUGAAAUCAUUCCCGGUAGCCUCCUCUGGUACAAGGACGGCAUCGCUGUACAAGGUGACCGGGUCAGGACAGCGGACGGCAAUGAUACCACGCUGGUUAUCGAGAGAACUACACCAGAGAAUCCUUACUUGCAGGGUUAUUACUGGUGCGAAGGCAUAAAUGUUGCCGACUUUCGACCUGCGGAGUCAAAGAAAACACUCGUUCGCUUUCAAGGUGUGAAGACAUACGCCUGCACCAUGCCCCUGAUUGGAAGAAAUCCGCAACUUUAUGAAAUCUCUUCUAACGAGGCACUUCGGUUUGCUUCUGAUUUCCGAGGACAGUUCUUGUACACCAUUGGCGACACUACGUUGGAAGGAUACCACAAAGAAUUGCAUGUUGUGGACAUUGUUCAAGACACUGCUGCUACCGAUGCCGUGAGGUUUCUUGUAUUCUUAGUAGAACUCCCAUGGCGGUCAGAGCUAGAAAGCCAGGACGAAGAAUCGCACAUCAUUCAAUAUCUCAGAUCAGCUGCAAUGCGGAACGCUUCCUGGCUGAUCACUUCUCCAUCAGUCCUUUUCAAUGAAGUGAGAAUCAAAAGCACAGAGAUGUGUUUUGAGGAGACAACCAUGCUGGAUAAUGGUCUGGAACAGAAACUGACGUGGCCAGUGACUCCUAUUGGAAGUGUCGCUAUUCCACAAGAGGCAUGCAUUCAGGGAGAUGGUCAACCUGUCGUACGGCGCUGUGAAGGCGACUUCACAACAGGGGCCCACUGGGGGGGUAUCCAAGGAAUGUGCAAGCGUCCUGUAUCUGAAACAACUAUAGGCCUCAGAAACCUUUCUAUGAAAGUAGUAACCAACGCGACCAUCGUUCCCACUGCUGAACGCCUUCAAGAGCUCACAGUGAACAGUGAAAUCCUUGGUGCCCAAGAUAUGCUGUACGUGGCAACAACCCUGGAGAACAUAGUAUCGGCUGGUACUAUCGAACCACAGACAGCAAAGAAUAUUGCAUCAACAACCAGUCAUGUAUUAAAUAUUGACAGCCAGGCGCUCCUGCAGUCUCGUUCUGGAAACUCCACAAAUAGAAUCCUCACUGCCAUAGAGGGGGCCUCUCAAGCACUGUCCACAUCCACCGUGAUCUUCAGUGGUUUUGUGGCUAUGGGCAAAGUGGAAAUUACAGAAGCCGCUCGUGGCAUCGCCAUUCGCCUACGAGAUAAAGUGACGUACAACUUCAGUCACCCACAAAGCCUUACCGGCGGCACUGAUGCUGCUUUCAUGCUCUCUGAUCCAACUGCUUCCACGCCAAACCUGGCGAUUGGCCUGAUGCGUAGCAGUGCGCUGUUCCAUGAGAUGCCCGAAGAAAACAUCGCGCUCCACGUCAAAAGAAAUGACAAACAUUUUGGCUCCACAUACGAAGUGUGUUCCUCCGUACUGCAGGUGAAAUACUGUGACGACGAUGGUGCCGCAGAUGUGACCAGUAAGGACGCCAGACUCAGCAUCUACUUUCGACAGACAUGUGACAUUGUUCCCGAUGAAAUUAAGUGCGUAUUUUGGGAUAUCAAUGAAAAUGAGCGACUUGGUUCAUGGUCUGGUGAUGGCUGCGAGUACCUCGGUAUAGUGCAUGAAUACCACCUCUGCAAUUGCACCCACUUGACCAGCUUCGCCGUGAUAUUUAAACAUGAGAAAAGCAGGAGCGGAAGAAAUAUACAUGAUGCAAUUCUCAGCUACACUACUUUAAUCGGAGUAACUGUCUCCGGCUUGGGCCUGUUAAUGGUAAUUCUCACCUACAUCUUGUUCAAAAAAUGGCGCAAAGGCACGGGCCACCAGAUUCUGUUCAACCUCUGCCUUGCACUUGUCGGAGCCCUCGUCUCGUUCGUGGCAAUGGCCAAUGUUCCUAAGCAGCACGCCAGUGCGGUGUCCUGCACAUGCGUGGGUGCGGCACUCCACUACUUCUUGCUCGUGUCCUUCGCAUGGACCUUCGUUGAGGCACUACUGCAGUACCUUCGCUUCGUCCGUGUUCUGGGAACAUACGUGCCAAAUUUCGUGCUCAAGGCCGCCUUCGGAGCAUGGGGUGCUCCAAUGCUGGUCAUACUGUGCGUCCUCAUAGUGAGCCCUACACUGUAUCAGAGACGCAAAGACUUCUGCUGGCUGGAGAACGAGGCCCUGCUUUACAGCUUCCUGCUGCCCGUGGCAGUGAUCCUGGCGGCCAACACGUUUGUGUUUUGGCUGAUAGUGUACAACAUCUACUGCCGCCGUCAAACAGGGCUGCGCAGCUCUCAGAGCCAAGUGGAGCUCGCCAAGGCACAGUUGCGUGCCACUAUCUGCAUCAUCUUCCUCCUGGGGCUUACAUGGAUUUUCGCCUACCUGAGUCUUAUACAAGCAGCAUCACAGGAGUUGGGUCAUGUUUUUGAGUAUCUGUUCGUCAUAAGCAGCUCACUGCAGGGUCUCGUGAUAUUCAUAUUUCAUAUAGCCUAUGAAAAAACUGCAAGAGAAUUCUGGAUGAGUCUUGCUGUGUAUAGCGUCUGCCAUGACAAGAAAAAGAGGAGUUUUGACCGUGGUUCUAAGAUUACCCUUUCCUCAUCAGCGCACAAGACUUCGUCAACGUGACACUCUUGAUUAAAAUACGCUCUCUGGCUCAUUAUGCUUUCGUGAUCGCUACUUGUAUUCAAUGGACGUAUUAAAAUCUGCUUAUAUUGGAAAA